CAACUUCAAUUGAACAUUCGGAAGCUCGCUCUCCGACUCGUACAUCAUGUCUGACACUGUCUCCGUCAUUGCGUUCAUCACGCCCGCCCCGGGAAAGAAGGAACAGGCUCAAGCCGGCCUCGAGGACCUGGCGGCCAAAGUCAAAGAGAACGAGCCUGGCGCGUUGCAGUACGAGUUCUAUUGGGACGAGAAGAACGGCCAGUUCGUGUUCAUCGAGAAGUACAAGAACCUGGAUGCUGUCGCAGCGCACCGCGGGCAGGUCUACUACAGCGAGUUGAAGACGAGGGCAGAGGCGGAAGGGCUAUUAGCUGCCCCGAUCGAUGCUAGGGUCAUCGUCCACGCUGGAGGGUUUACGAGGUAGAUGAGAUGAUGAGGGCAACACUGGUAGCUUCAAGGUUGAUUUCAAGAGAGUUCUCUAGCGGAUAUCAAGACAUGAUGAAUAAAAUUCCUUCUCCCCACAUUCGGUUCUAAUUCGAGAUAAUUUUGCAGAGGAUAUCACAAUCUGUUCUUACCUGUCAGAUCUUUGCCCUCUAUGCCCGUAGUAUCCCUUUAAAUGCGA